UCGAGAUCGCUCACCCAAGCCAUCCGCGCGGACAGGCGGCGGAGGAGAGAGUGGAACAAAAAAAGCUAAGAUGGAUUCAGAUGUAGUUGAAAGACGGGAAAGUAGCAGUGGAAACCCAGAGGAGACGUCUUUGAAAAACAAGUCAACUCGACAUGACCGCAUUACACGUCUGCCACUGACAAGAAUAAAAAACAUCAUCAAAACAGAUCCCGACGUCACACUCGCCAGCCAGGAAUCAGUACUCCUCAUUGCCAAGGCAACGGAGAUGUUCUUGCAGCAUUUUGCCAAAACCUCAUACAACCAAACUGCCAGAGGGAAGCGGAAGACGAUAAAAAGACAGGAUGUAGACCUUUCGAUAGAAGCUUUGGAUGCGUAUGCUUUUCUUGAAGGAAUGAUGGAUUGAAUGGACUGGAUUAUCUGAGGUCAAAAACCUGAACCCUUUGCCUUUUGUUCGUCCAAAUGGAUACAAGGUAAACUUGCUGAUGCAGACAAAAAUAAAGCAAAGUGACAUUUUACUGCAAAUCAGCUUACUCCAAAUAAAAGUAAAAUACAUCAGUUUUUUAAUCAAGAUGAAAGUAUUCUUUCUGAGAUUAAAUAAAAAAAAAAGCUUUCCAUUGAAAUCCAGUAUGGAGAUUGUAAAUAUCUGUGAAAUAUGUUAGCCUCAUAGAAAUAACAUAGUUUCAGUGAAUUGAACUUUGAACUUAUUGACCAAAAUCUUCCUGACAUCAUGACCUACGGUGUACGCUAAAUCUUAGUUGAACCAUUCUGGAGACAGAUUUGGUGUGUUGCUGUGGACUGCGCAAUUAAGGAACACAUCUUCUACAAUUAAAUGGCAGACUGUACGGAGCCCACAGCCCUAUGUGAUGUCACUGAGAAGAGGGGUCUAUUUUACAGAUGUUGACUGCUUCGACUGCUAUGGUUCAAACUAUGACAUCUACGUAUUGUGAGUGCCAAUGCCUCACGCUCUGCAUACAGACAGUGCACCAAUAACAUUCUAAACUUUGUGUGCGUGCAUGCUGUUCGUCGCGAAAUGACGAUCUGAAGUUUUAAACUUUGUACGUUGCACGUGAGACUGGAAAAUAAACUCGUAAAACAUGCGCACUCGUGGAACACGGAAAAAUAUAGCCCGUCUGCGUCCCAUAUCAGACUUGGCCUUUGGCCUCAGUGGAUAUGGGACGCAGAAGCGCUAUAUUUUUCUGUAUUCCAUUCACGCUUGUGUGAUAAGUAAUAAUAUAUCAAACCUCCUAUGUCCUUAGCUCAGAGUUAAGGAUCUUAAUUUACUUGUUAAGAUACUUUGUUAGACUGUAGUUCUUAUUAACAAUUUGAUUUGUAGAAGUGAGCUUCUUUCUUUGAGUUGAUUCCUUUCUUUGGCUUGCUGUUACACAUGACGUAACUGUAAGAAAGAAAAGACACACAAUGAAAGAAAAGACGGACAUUAAAUUCAGUCUAAAGGGCAACUAACGUUGGGAAUAAUGUAAACGAUAGAUAGCGACAAAUGUGCAAACCUUUUUUGUAAAACAAGUCCAUCCACUUCGAUCUUGGCUAUGAAGACUUCUAGGUCUUCAAAGAUUGGCCAGUCCCAGGGGUUCAGAAGUUCAAAGUCAUAUUCCCAGUAGAAGGUCAAACCAGAAAGGUCACCGGGGUCAAUGUCAGUGUUGAUGAUAAAGUUCAUGUCGGUGCCUGGGACGAAGUCUAAACUUUCUCUAUUUUGUAGGGGUGAGAACAAUGCAAAAAAAACACAUUAUAUUUCAUGUUUUAGGCACAAGCUGUGAUUCCAAUGUUCUUUUUCAUACAUUGACGGACUAUUAGUUUUCUUACAACUAGCGAGGAUGAAACCAAGUAGCGUUUUCAAUGCAGAAGAGUAUCAUAGAUGUGGAAUUGAGUCUUAUUUCACAUCUUGGGAGGAAACCAGUUAGUAUUCAUGGAAAAGGGUCUCAGAGAUGUGCUAAGUACAAUUUUAGGAAAGGGUCAUUUAAAUAUGUAGUUUGCAGCCAUCGCUUGGACCAAACUUUUUUAAAUAAAAUAAAACAAACCCAAAAGCUUGUUAAACAUA